AUGGAUCUCUUAUAUAUUGAUCUCACCUGUAAAAUUCCAGUCAACUGCAUAUCAAACGCCAGUUUACCAUAUAUUGCAUUAACUUCAGUCCUAAUGGCUCCUUUACGAGUUAUUGGCUUGAAUUACCAAUUAUCCUCAAGCAUUUCCUAUACCUCCACAAACGAAAGUAUAAAAUAUUUAAGAGCUUGGAAUUCCAAGAGCUACAAUUUUAAAGGAGUAAAAGGUUCUUAUAACGUAAUCAAAUUCCCUGUAUAUAAGAAUUAUAAAGAACUUUUUGCAAAAUCAGCAAACAGAAAAAUGAAGGCUUAUUACUCAGCAACUAUUUUGGAAAGUCUUUAUUGAUGGAUUAGUUUUCAAUAUAAAGUUGGGGCUGUAUCUUUAAUGGGCAAUUUUUUGUCGGAAAAUCCAUAUGCGAAUAUAUCAAUUUUAGCUGGCUUUUUUUCAGUAUUAGAUGCAUGGGCCCGCCCAAUAGAAAUAGCAAUUACUCGUUUGACAUAUUUUCGAUUCAAUAUGGGGGAAUUCGUAGAACGUAUGUCAUUUUGAUAUAUAGCUCAAGUCUAUAAACAACAUAAAUAUAUGAUUGAAAACAGAUUUGUAGAUUCUGGGUUAUUAGGUCCUCCAUCUGUUGGCGGCGUACUUGUUUGUUCAAAGUUUGUCUGCUGAUUCUAUGCAUUAAAAGCAUAUGAAAAAGGAUGGAAUAUUGAAAAAUCCAUAGACAUGAUGCUAAUUCACACCUUGCUGUACCCAGCAAUAACUGCACAGAUAAGGGUUGACGUUCAAGAUACUAUGUCUCCUUAUAGAUAUAGAAAUGUUAUUCACGCUUUGAUAAAAAUCUAUUAUACAGAAGGGGUGAUAGAUGGACUCUACAGAGGAUUUAUAUGUAACACUUUGUAUGCCCUGCCAAAGUACUAUUUGAUCCCAACUCUAUUAUAUACGUUUUCAAAUGCGAAAUAUACCAAAUAUUUAGACAAACAAAAAGACUCUGGCUUUUAA